CCAUCAUGUCAGGGAGUACAGCAGCAGGCAUGUAAUUGGAGCAGUAGCUGAGAGCUUACAUUAUCUUAUCCCCAGACAGAAGGCAGAGAGAGAGAGAGAGAGAGAGAGAGAGAGAGAGAGAGAGAGAGAGAGGAAUGGCAUGGGCUCUGGAAACCUUAAAGCCUGCUCCUCAGUAUCACCUCCUCCCACAAAGUUUCACCUAAUCCUUCCCAAACAGUUCCACCAAUGGACACCAGGUAUUCAAAUGUAUGAGCUUGUGGGGGCCUUUCAGGAACAUUCAAACCCCACAGCCACAUUAACUCAGCCAGGGUUUGUUGAGCAUUUCUUACACUAUACACAGUCAGAGACACAAAGAUUAGUAAAUCUUAUCUUCUUUCUACAAGAACCCUAUCACCUUAUUGGUGGGAAAUACAAAACAAGCUGCAAUUGGUUAUAAAACACCUAUAGACAGUUUCCAAGUAGAGAAUAGUGGUGAGAAGUCUCUGGACCAGGAAUGUGAGAUCAGUGCCUUUGGAAGAAAUGUCUGACGGGAUUUGAUUAUGUGAUGUUUAGGAAAAGAUGGUGCAAAUAGAAGUGGCCUCAGCACAGCUGUGAAGCCAUGGCUUUGGAGGCCAGCAUUGUCUCAGUCCUAUUUGUGUUUGAAUGGUUUUCUGCGUCACUGAACCUCAAGUUUAUCUUCCGACAGAAUGCUAAUUUAAACACAGGCUUACACCAGGGAACCCUGAGGUGAUGCCUUCAGAUGAAGAACAGUAUUAUUCAGAUGAUGAAAAUCUGGCUAAUAGUGCUCCUCCUAUACAUGAAAAUAUAGAUGAUACUCAUGUUAUACAUAAAUCAGAAGAAAAUGAAGAAGAUACUCCUGCUAAUGAGAAAACUGGCAAUUACUAUAAAGACAUAAAGCAAUAUGUGUUCACCACACAUAAUCCAAAUGGUACAGACUCUGAAAUCGCUGUGAGUGCCACAACUGACCUGAAGUUUGUGCUGAAGAACUAUAAACUCGUCAGUGCAACUACAGCUAAAACAUCUGCCAGCGAAGAAGCAAAACCUUAUGAAUCCUUGCGUAAAGAUUUUCCAACAUCAACCCCCAAUGUGCCUGCAUUUUGGACAAUGUUAGCAAAAGCUAUAAGUGGAUCAGCAGGGAACAUGGGUGAUAAAGAUCAAUUCUUUCAACCAAUUCCAGGCUCUGAUUUGAACAAUACUAACGAAGACAAACUGUUAGAGUUAGAGGAAAUCAAGCUCAAAUUAAUGCUGGGAAUCUCACUGAUGACCCUUAUCCUCUUAAUUCCCCUCCUGAUAUUUUGUUUUGCCACACUGUGCAAACUGAAACACCUAAGGGACAAAAGUUAUGACAACCAAUACACUGUGAACCCGGAGCUGGCCAAUCUGUCUUACUUCCACCCCUCAGAAGGGGUAUCUGAUACAUCUUUUUCGAAAAGUGGAGAGAGCAGCUCAUAUUGGGGCAACACUUCUUCAGACUUGAGACGACCCAGCUCAAAAAAAUCAAAAUCUAAGUCUAUGGAUUUUUCUACGGACCCCAAUCAAAUAGCCUUAGGUGAAAGGCCAACACCAAACUUCCUUCCUCCUGAGGAGCCAUACUUCCUUCCUCCUGAGCAACUGGGUGAGCAGUCCGGUGAGAAUGCCUUUGUUGAGGCAAUGAAUGAGGAGCCCAUGGAAGAUAGGACACCUACUGAUGAGGAACAAAUGGCUUCUGAGUAAAUAACUUUAAUUCUUUGGUCAUUUUAAAAAAAAAAAAGAUCUUUGUGUCUCACAUAAACUUCCUAAUUUUGAAACUGCAAGUUUCAGAGACAUUUAAGUUUUCUGAUGUCCUAAGGGCAUAUUCAAUAAAAACUAUCACAGUUAUUAUUUGUUAUACAAAUUAUUUAAAAGAAAAUGUACAAGGAAAUAAUUUAAUGGAAACUCAUGAAAUAAAAACAAUGCUGAAGACUAGGUUA